CAAUAUAUAUAUAUAUAUAUAUAUAUAAAGCUCCGAUCAAAUGCAUCUCACUGUCAGCUUGGAUCAAAUUUUCUCUUCCAUUUCUUCAGAUCUCUCCUUCUCCAUCUCUAGGGUUCUUCAGAGCUCGCUCCAACAUCCAUGGCGAAAUCGAAGCAUUACCGCAAUCAGCCGCGGAAAUCUUCGUCGCCAUCGACUCAGGCAUUCACUGUGCUCAUCCUGCUCACUUUCGUGAUUCUGAUUCUUCUCGGUCUCGGAAUCCUCUCACUUCCCAACUCCAGCAGGAGUUCUCCGAAGACGAACGACUUGACCUCCAUUGUACGGAGGAGCGAGGGCAGGAAGAGCUACGGAGACGAUGGAAAUGGCGAGCGUUGGGUCGAAGUGAUUUCGUGGGAGCCCAGAGCUGUCGUUUACCACAAUUUCUUGACCAAAGAGGAAUGCGAGCAUCUGAUCAGCCUUGCCAAACCCAAUAUGGUGAAAUCAGCUGUGGUUGAUGAGAAAACCGGUGGAAGCAAAGAUAGCAGAGUAAGGACAAGCUCGGGAACCUUUCUUAGAAGAGGACACGAUAAAGUCGUUGAGGAGAUUGAGCAGAGGAUUUCAGAUUUCACCUUCAUUCCCGUAGAAAACGGGGAAGGUCUUCAAGUUCUCCACUAUGAAGUUGGGCAGAAGUAUGAGCCUCACUUCGACUAUUUCUUGGACGAGUUCAACGUCAAGAACGGAGGGCAGAGAAUUGCUACAGUCCUUAUGUAUCUAUCGGAUGUUGAAGAAGGGGGCGAAACCGUAUUCCCUGCUGCAAAGGGAAACAUCAGCGCGGUGCCGUGGUGGAACGAGCUUUCCCAAUGCGGAAAAGAAGGACUGUCCGUUAUGCCAAAGAUGGGAGACGCACUGCUUUUCUGGAGCAUGACACCCGAUGCCUCUCUGGACCCUUCGAGCUUACACGGUGGCUGUCCGGUGAUCAAAGGGAACAAGUGGUCAUCCACGAAAUGGUUCCACGUCCACGAGUUCAAGGUCUAAAACCCUCUCCUGAGGAAAAGGUAAUCCAUUUGGAAACUUCACGAUUGUACGGAUUCAGACAGUCCACAGAAUGAGUUCCAGUUAGCUGUUGUUGCUUGUCUUUUAUUAACCAUUUUCUUCUUCUUCUUCUUCUUGCUGUUUUUUUUUUAUUGUAACGCUUAUUUGAGAUUAUUGUAACACUCUUGAUUACGGCAUUGUCCUAACGACAAUAAACCUCUCUCUCUAUAUAUAUAUAUUUAUGUA